AAUCAAUUAAUUAAUUUAAUAAUUAAUAAGUUGUUUAUUUAAUUCCUGUUUUUAAAUGUAGUUUAAUAAAACAAUAAAACAAUAAAUUUAAAAAAUGGUUUUCUAUAUACAAAUAGACGAAUUUGAAACGGGUUAUUUAAUUCAUUUUUUAAAACGUAGAUCAAUAAAACAAUAAAAAGUACAUUAGUAAAUCAUUUUAAAUGCGCAUUUAAAUCGCUUUUUUAAAAAGAAUUUGGCAAAUGCUUUUUUCUCUCUAUUUACCAAAUGCUUUUCUUUAUCCAUUUGUCAAUCGAGUGGUAAAAUGCCAUUGGACAGUACACACGUGGGAGCAACCAAUCAACUUUCGCCUCAAUUUGAAGAGCCAACCCUCUCUCAUUGGACAGUGAGAAAAACUAUACGACUUGUAUUUUGUUUUUUUUUGUUUUUUUACUAUUACAGUUUUGAUUUUGAAACUUACCUAUAUUAUUUUAGGCUAUAGAUGAGAGACGAGCGCGAAUAGCGAGUUUACCUGAACUUUCUCAUGGUGUGCCAUUAAAAGUAAAAUAUCCAAGUGGCUUGAUGAGGACUAGGACAUUUGUUUUAAGUGAUUCAAUUCAGGCACUGUUUGACUUCGUUGGAGAGGUGGAGGAUGCUACAGAAUGGUUCCAUAUUCAGGAAGCCUUAUCACCACCACUUAGAAAUGACCUAUGUGGAACCAUUUCUGAAAGAAAUAUCACAGGACCAACCACACUGUUUGUCCAGUGGAUUUCUUCCAAAGAUGCAGAGUUUAUGCAGACAAUUCCUACACCUAAUGGCAAUGACAACCAUGAUAAAGAUGAUUAUAAUUCUGGGACUGUCAGCCCAUUGGAUCAACCUAGCACCUCUAAUGAACAUCUGACAUCGUUCUCCCCUCAAUCAGAGCAGGAAAAGACUGUCCAGAAGACCAACCUCCAAACAAUACUGAGUCUCCUUUCAGCCAAGAUAGAUGAUGAUAGUCCCACUAGUAACCAGAUCAAUGUUGUAAGGGAUUACAAAGGCAAUACCCAUAACAUACUGAGAAGCACUGUUCAGGCUUUUAGUCGGCGACGAUUUAACCUCGGAGCAAGACUGGAUGUCAUUUUUGUUGAUGAUACAAAAGCAGCAGAGGGGGCUGUGGACGGUGGUGGUCCAACUAGAGAGUACCUCAGAUUGCUCCUUAAGGCUGUCCAACAGUCUAGCACAUUUGAGGGACUUGAAAAUAGUAAGAGGUUGCGGCUUGACACUGAAGAAAGGCUCUUUCUCCAGGUUUGUGGUAAACCCACCCCUCCUGCAACCUUGGAUGAAGUAGAUGAUGAGACCUUCAAAGAAAUGCUUUGCAAAAUAAAAGAAGCUGAAACUGUUCCAGAAGCCAAAGCUGCCAUUGAAAUGGCAGAAGAUUGCCUGUCCAUUAUUGGAGCCUUUAGGUCCAUUAGCACUCUUAAGCAGCGGGACAUGCUGGUACAGUCAGCUGUCGAGUAUUAUGCUGAUGGGAGAUGCAAUGCUGUACUACAACAGUAUGUAAUAUCAAAAAUCAAGACACCUAUAAGAGAGAACUAGAGACCAGGACCUUGUGCUUCUGGAGAGACUGGAUCAUUGAUGUUGAAGAUGGAGAAUGUUCACCAUUGACGUUGGAGAAUGUGCUGGAGUUUACUUCAGGGUCUUCAGCCAUUCCACCUCAUGGUUUUCUGCAGCAGCCCAACAUCGAAUUUCUCCAUGAUGCACCAGAGAAAAUAUUCCCAGAGGAAAACACUUGCAACAUUGUGUUAAAAUUGCCUAUCCAUCACAAUUAUGAGUCAUUCAAAACACACAUGAGCAAUGGCAUACUGUGGGCACCAACAUUUGGCACAGCAUAGUUCAACACAUUCGCAUUAAAGGAAUUGUUAAACCAUAAAUGAAACUUAGCCCAUAAUUUACUCACCCUCUUGCCAUCCUAGGUGUACGUCUUC